UGUCACUCUAAAUUCGAAUAAAUUAUAAGCGAUACAUGGAAAAAAUAUUAUUAAGCAUAUCGGAUAUUUUGAAUAAUACCCCUAAAAUUUCCGAUUCCAUUAUUGAAAUAUCAGAUGUAUGGUGCAAAUUAGAUGAAAUUAAGAAGGAGCUUGAAUUUAGGAAUAAAAAAUUUAAGCCUAAGAGAAAUAUCACCUUAAAACAGAAUGCAACUUCUCAAAAAUUUAAAACAAUUGAAAAUAAAACUGUCUUGAUUAAUCCAUCAUCUUCAUCAACACGAAGAUUGUUUCAAAAAUUUAAUAUUGCCCCUUAUAUUCAAAAAAAACGUCCGAUAUGUGAACAAUCAUUUGUGGAUAAAGAUUUGCUAAAAUAUUUAUUAUCAUCUACCAACUCUUCUUCAUUAUCACCCUCAUCUUAUGCUCAUAAAGAUAUAUUGCCACUAUCGAAGGAAUUACACUCUUCAAUCACUAGAAGCGUUGAAUCUGACCAUUCAAGCAAUAAACUAGAGGCCAUACAUGAGAAAUCGUCGAUAGACCUCGUUUUAAAAAAAAAAUUAUUUCAAAAAUGGUUAUCUGACUUGAAUAGAUCUAAAAGUGCUGAGGCUGAGAGCAUGAAAUCUAGUUUAAAAGACGCCUCUUUUUUAAGUCUAGAAACAGGUUUCUUACCAGAAGAAACUUUAGACACUCGAAAAAAUGAGGAACGCUCAAAAAACAAAACUGUUAGGAAACCUCGUGAAGUCUUUCCCAGCAGCAGUGAAUCAGAUUCUCUUUAUUCCUUUAUAGUUAAUAAAAAAUUGAAGUUAACAGACGUAAAAGGGGCUUCUUUGCUAAACUUUAAUGAAAAUCUUGACAGUUUAUCAUCCGUUAGUGGUUUAGCGAAAGAUGAUCGACACCAGGGUGGAUUAAACCUUAAGCCCUCUCAUUUUGUCGUCGACGCCAAAUACAUACAAACCAAUAAUCAAAAUAAUAUCAACAGACCAUCAUCAUCAUCGUCAUCUACUAGUUCCAAAUCUAAAACCUUGACGAAUAAGGAAUCAAAAAUGCCACAUCUGUCAAAGCAAAAAAAAUGGAUAAAUACAACUAGACUUAUAGAAUCUCGAAAAAUUAUUGAUAACGAUAAAAUAGCUAAGCCAAAAAUAAAUGAAUGCCUCUCUCAAAUCUCUUCAGAAACUUCCCCGUCAGAGACCGAUGUAACUUCUUCCUUUUUGGAUCAACUCACCAUAUUACCAAAUAUCGAUUCUUCGUCUGAUAUUCUCAAGCAUUACAUAUCCAAAAAUAUAAACCUUAGAUCUUACAGUCUUAGGGAUGAUUCGUUGAUAGACUCAACUGAGGAGAUGUCGAGUGCGACUUCAGAAGAUUCGAAUAAUAAAUGAUUUUCUAAACGUAGGGUCACCAAAAUGCCACUCAAUUUAACGUACAACGUGUUGAGCUAGCAGAUCCGAUCAUUGUUAUACGGCUUAAAUCUUGCUCGAUUAGCUCAAAAUAAAAUUAAUACGUCUUAUCUCAAUCAAUGAUUAUUAAUAUUUAUAUUUUUAAAAGAGACCUAUUAUAAUUAUUGUUCAUAUUAAAUGAUUUUUAAAUUUAUAAAUAUAUUUUUAAAUUUAAGCAAUGAUCUAUAUCUAUUUAUUCGAAUUAUACCAUUUAUUUA